AUAACAUUUAAAUGAUUGUAAUUAUUUACAAAAUGAUAUGAAUUAAACGCAUUUUUUUUAAAUAUGCUUACUUCACUUUCUGGUUGAGUAGUGAUAUGUAAAUUAAAAUAACAUAAAAAAUGAACAACUUAAAAAGAUUGCCGUUGGCAUUUUUUAAAAGAAGUAUUACCACUGAAUUUACGAAGAAUAAAUUUAAAGUGCAAAGAGGAAAUUACAAUUAUUUGGAUGAAAGUCAUAUAAACUUCUUCAGGGAUCUCCUAGGAGAAACUAGGAUAAUUAUGGAUUUGUCUGAUUUAGAGAAAUAUAAUGUAGAUUGGUUCAAACAAUGCAGAGGCUCCAGUGGCUUAGUUCUUAAACCCAAGAAUACAGAAGAAGUGUCUCAGAUUUUAAAUUUUUGCAACAAUAACCGCUUAGCAGUAUGUCCCCAAGGAGGAAAUACAGGGGUGGUUGGAGGAUGCACUCCUGUUUUCGAUGAAAUUAUUAUUUCCAUGGAGUUAAUGGAUAAAGUUAUUGAUUUAGAUGAUACAUCAGGUAUUUUGGUAUGUCAGUCUGGCUGUAUUUUACAAAAUUUGAAUGAAUAUUUGGAAAGUAAAAACUUAAUCGUUCCUUUGGAUUUGGGAGCAAAGGGGUCCUGUCAAAUAGGUGGAAAUGUAUCAACAAAUGCUGGCGGGAUAAGAUUGUUAAGAUAUGGAAAUUUACAUGGAAAUAUCUUGGGAUUGGAAGUCGUAACCGCUACAGGAGAGAUCAUGAAUUGCAUGAGCACCCUCAAAAAGGACAACACUGGAUACCACUUAAAACAUUUAUUUAUUGGAUCUGAAGGAACUUUAGGGGUAGUAACGAAAGUGGCUAUCCAAUGUCCACCGAAAUCAAAACAUGUAAACGUAGCAUUUUUAGGUUUAGAAAAUUUUGACAAGGUAUUGGAAACCUUCAAACGCGCCAAACAAGACCUAGGCGAAGUUCUCUCCGCCUUCGAAGUUCUCGACUCUGAAACGAUGAGGUUUAACAAAGACAAAUUUCAAAUAGAAUCUCCAAUAGGCAACCACCCAUUUUAUUUGCUUAUUGAAACCAGUGGCAGCAAUCAGCAGCACGAUAGCGAAAAAUUAAAUGGACUUUUGGAAAAACUACUAAGUGAAAAGUGUAUUACAAAUGGUACCGUGGCUACUGAUGAGGCCAAAAUUAAUUCCAUUUGGAAUAUAAGAGAAAUAACUCCACAAGGGUAUAAAAUGGACGAGUUCGUAUUUUGCUAUGAUAUCUCGGUACCAUUAAAUCAUUACUAUGGUAUAGUAGACGAAAUCAAAAGUAGGAUGGGUAACAAGGCUAAAAGGGUGUUUGGUUAUGGACAUUUAGGUGAUGCAAAUCUGCAUCUACAAGUGGCAGUUAACACUUAUAGUCAAGAAACAAGAGAGUUGUUGGAACCAUUUUUAUUUGAAAGAGUACGAGAACUAAAUGGCAGUAUAAGUGCAGAACAUGGAAUGGGAUUUCUUAAAGGCAAAUACCUAGGUUUGGCAAGACCAAGCUCUUCAUUAGGCCUUAUGAAAAGAUUAAAACGAAUGUUUGACCCUAACGGAAUUUUAAAUCCUUACAAAGUAUUCCCAUAUUAAAAAUAAAUAUUUUUUAAACACAA